CCAUCUGGCAGCACCAUUCAAUUUUCUAGUAUUUCGAGCGGGUUUAUUGCCUCUCGCUCUCUCUAUCCCUCUCUCUCUGCUUCUAGGCCUUGGUAUAUUCCAAGUGAAUGCCGCCUGGUCACACUGCCGCAACAGCCCAAACAACAGCGAACAAAAACAAAAACACCGCUCUGAUGCCUUAGCGCUUUCGUUAUUUUUUUGUUGUUGUUGUUAUUUGCCAGCCACGCGAGAAGAGAGGAGAAGCCCCGAUGCUGCGCCUACUCGUGUCCAACUGCGGUCGCAGCAGCGACGUGUUCAGUCGCCACCUGCUCCAGCCGACGCAGCAGCCACUGCCACGCCUCCAGAAUGCCGCCCGUCUGAUGCGACAGCACCUGCGAGGAACGAACGUCAAGGGUGGAGCACCGUCCACGACGCCCGCUGCCAUUCCCAUCACAGCCACGAAAGCCACCCGCCUGCUGCACACCACACGGCUGCUUCUGUGGGGCGGCGGUAGCCUGACACUCGGACUGGGCGCCCGCUCGUGGUGGGCCGGACGGGGUGCCGUCGUACACUGCGAGGGCAGCCGGCUGGCGGUGCGGAAGGAACCGUUGGAGGAUGAGGAGGAAAGGGAGAAAUUCGACUGGGUGCGAUUAUGGUCGUACCUGGAGCCACAUCUCUGGGAGCUGAUCGGUGCCGUAUGCGCUGCCCUGUUUGUGGCCUACAUCAAUAUUCGCAUACCGAACCUGCUCGGCGACCUGGUCAACACGCUGGCGCGUUACGCCAACACGUACGUAACGGAUCCUAUCAACAACUCGUUCGUAAAGGACGUGAGCAAGCCGGCGAGCAACCUGUUGAGCCUGUACAUGCUGCAGUCGGGCUUCACCUUCAUGUACAUCUACUUGCUGAGCCGCGUCGGCGAGCAGGUGGCGGCCAAGAUGCGGCAGGAUCUGUUCAAGCAGAUCGUCGUCCAGGAUAUUGCCUUCUUCGAUGACAAUCGGACGGGUGAGCUGGUCAAUCGACUAACCGCCGAUGUGCAGGACUUCAAGACCUCCUUUAAGCAGUUCGUCGCCCAGGGAUUGCGGAGUGGCGCCCAGCUUAUCGGCGGCAGCAUAUCCCUCUUCAUGAUAUCACCGCAUAUGGCGGCCAUAGCGCUGGCCAGUGUCCCCUGCGUGGUCAUGUUCAUGUCGUAUCUGGGCCGCAAACUGAGAUCACUGAGCAAAAGCUCACAGGCGCAGGCGGAACGGGCGACCGGUGUGUGUGAGGAGGCGCUGUCCAAUAUACGCACGGUGCGAUCGAGUGCCUGCGAAUACCGCGAGAUGCAGCUGUUCGAGACGGAGACGAACGAGGCGGCUCGUCUGGCGCAGGAGCUGGGCUACGGCAUUGCCGUCUUCCAGGGCCUGACCAACUUCUUCCUAAACACCUUGGUGCUGUCCACCCUGUUCAUGGGCGGCCAUCUAAUGUCCACGGAGAGCCUGUCACCAGGCGCCCUGAUGGCCUUCCUGGUGGCCUCGCAGGGCGUACAGCGAUCCCUCGCCCAGGGAUCGAUCCUGCUGGGCACCAUGAUCAGGGGCAUGACCGCGGGCAGUCGGGUCUUUGAGUUCCUUUCGCUGCAGCCGAAGGUAGAGUUGCUGCGCGGCUAUAUCAUACCGCAGGAGCGGCUGCACGGCGAGAUUCGCUUCGAGAACGUCUCCUUUGCCUAUCCCAUGCGACCGGAUCAUGUGGUGCUCAAGGACUUCAGCCUGACGCUCCGCCCCGGCCAGACAGUGGCCCUGGUGGGAGCCAGCGGCUCGGGCAAAUCCACGAUAGCAUCGCUGGUGGAACGCUUCUACGAACCAACCGCGGGCAACAUCAAGUUGGACGGCUACAAGCUCUCGGACAUCUCGCCCUACUGGCUGCGGGCCAAUGUCCUGGGCUUCAUCGAACAGCAACCAGUGCUGUUCGGCACCUCCAUCCUGGAAAAUAUCCGAUAUGGCAAGCCCGAUGCCGGCGAGGACGAUGUCUUUGCUGCGGCGCGCCUCUCGCAGUCCCAUGACUUCGUGACCGCCCUGCCCGAUGGCUAUGCAACGCAUGUGGGCGAGCGGGGUACCCAGCUAAGCGGCGGACAGCGGCAGCGCAUUGCCAUCGCCCGGGCGCUGUUGAAGAAUCCGCGUAUCCUCAUACUGGACGAGGCGACGAGCGCCUUGGACGCCACCAGCGAGGCGGAGGUGCAGCGAGCACUGGAUACGGCGGUCCAGAAUCGGACGACUCUGGUGAUUGCCCACCGGCUGUCGACGAUACGAAACGCGGAUCUGAUUGUUGUCCUCGACCAGGGACGUGUUGUUGAGACCGGCAAACAUGACGAGCUGAUGGUCAAGCGCGGCCUGUACUUUGACCUGGUGCGCCAGCAGGAAAGGCGCGAAAUCCUCGACCAGGUGGAGUCCUCGGAGGAGGCGGUGGCCACCAAGGAGCAGCCUCAGCAGCAGCCUCAGCAGCAGCAAAAGCAGCAGCAGCAAGCGGCCCCAGCUGAAGCGCCGGCGACAGUGGACAGUAGCAGCAGCAGUCUGUCCGCCAACAGGACGAAUGCCGCCCAAGGCUAAGCGAUUUUAGGCAAAUUCAUAAUGAUUAAUGAUAAUGAUGAUAAUUCCUUCUAAAUUUAGUUGAGAUUGUUUUUGUUUUCACCUCUUUUAUUUUUUCCAACUGACCAAACAAAAAAAUGGUACGAACGCUAAUGAUAAGUUUACAAUAAAAUAAACGCUGAAGACAGUA